AUGGAGUUGUUAAGCUGGCGAAAGAUCGGCCCCCAUCUUUGUACUCUGGCCGUGUCUUUGAGCUUCAACAACACUUGGCGUAUACCGAGAGAGGCUUUUCGGUACGGCGGUCUGCAAAGCAUGCUAUUGGUCACUGUGGCGUCGGCAGUGGUGGCCCUUCCUGUGGUUCUUUUGCAUCUCGCCGUAGGGCAGCUAAGUCAGCAAGACGCUGUAGGUAUUUGGAGAGCAGUGCCCUUCUUUAAAGGAGUUGGAUAUAUAAGGUUAUUAAUAUCGUUCUUAUGCUCCAUAUAUUCAUUGCUAUACGUGGCUGUGUCUGUUAUGUAUAUGUUUUACACUUUGAGUAAUUCUAUACAAUUAUGGGAGUGCGCCGAGCAAUCACAUCCGUCGAUAGAGACUAUCGAAGAGACAUUCUUGGCACCUGUCAAUGAUCAGCCGGAGUAUUAUGUGGCUCUAGCGUUUAUUGUUAUUGUGUUUUGGAUAGUGUUUCCUUUUAUACUUUACAACCCCGUGAAACUAAUGAAACGGAUACUAUAUGUGUUUGGGCCUUUGGUACUAUUACUUGCGAUUAUAAUAGUCAGUGUUAUUGGAGAAAAACGACAAGUUGAACUGUUCAGUAAUAUCAGUGAUUGGAAAAAUUAUAUGCUGCCAAAUAUUUGGCACGGUGCGUUAGUACAAGCGCUUUUAACUUCUCAAACAGCGGGUGGAUAUCUGAUUUCUUCGGGCGAAUCAAUAUAUGCCGAUGUAGAUGUUCAGUGGAACACGCUUAUAUUAGUGGCAACAAACAUUGUAGCAAGUUGGGCGGCUGUUUUGUUCUGGUUCGCUAUAGGAGGCGAGGGGAACAAAGAAACCGGAAAUUUUGCUGUGCUCAUAGAAAUUUACAAAGUCGCUGUUGAAAAAAAUCUUAGCAAAGCGUGGCCGCUUCUUUGCUUUGCUAUGUUGACGCUGUCAGGAAUUAUAACUAUGUUAACCUUUCUUCACCCCCUUUACGAUCGUUAUCGACGUGUGGGCGGCUACAAGUGGCGUCACGUCUCGAUGGGCAGCUCUGCGGUGAGCGCUGUGGGGGCUAUAGCUUUAAUCUCUGUGGGAGACCAUGCUCUUGCCGUCGUUGAGGAUGUCGUGGUCCCAUUCCUCAUCAGUGUGGCCACUAUUCUGGAGAUAUCAGCGUUUGUUUUUAUAUAUGGCUGGAAAGUUUUGAUUGAAGACAUUGAAUUUCUAACGGGCAGAAAAAUAACAAAACUUUGGUCGAUGAGUUGGUGUGCAGUUCCUGGUAUAAUUGUUCCUUUUACUUUAUGGUGGACUGUCUUUUGGUUUAUGACGAAGAAAGACUGGACCAAAGCUCCUUGGGAACUUGCGGCAGUCGUUUCCAGUAUCUGUACAGUUUUGAUAUUAUUUUUCACAUUCGCCGCUAUAUCAGUAUCGAAACAAGUUCAAUAUGAUUUCAUCGGGAAACUGAAGUCAUCUUUUAGUCCGUCGAGGCACUGGGGACCUCGGGACCCUAUUACUCAUCAUUACUGGCUGGCGAGACGAGAUGAAGGCGGCCAAAGUGUACCGCCUACGAGAUAUCAUCGACGACAAUUAGGACAGUUCUCCGGAAGAUCUAGUUUCAAUGACGUGUCAAGGUCUCACAAUAUCAAAGAAGAACAAGUUAUAGAAAGUAAAAAUAGGUCGAAUUCCGACGACUGGCUAGUCCUAUAUAGAAAACAUCGUAUCGCUGAAUUGUGUCUAGAAAGAUGCGAAACUCGUAAGCGUUCGAAAUCUCUGGACUGAGCUGUUUUACAACGACCAAAAUUGUAAUUUAAUGUUAUACAUGAAAAAAUAUUCGUAAGGAAACAUUUGAUACGGUCU